CUCCUCCAUCUUAACCCUAGACCUCUCUGAAAGUCGUCACUCUCCUCUUGAAACCCUAGCUCUCUCCUUCGCUGUCCUUGAGAGCAAUGGCGGCCGAGACUGAGACGUUCGCCUUCCAGAUCUCUAGAGUAUCGAAACCCUAAUCUCGAUCUUUCUCUUUUUAGAUCUAGAUGUGUUGAUUUUUAUGAUUUUUCCUAUCAGAUUACUUGUAGAUAUACAUGAAUUGUGUUGAUUAUUGAGACUGCGGUUGCUACUUUGAUUGAAUCUAUAGAUCUAUAGAGUAUGUCGUUCUUAUUAUCAUCUAAUAUUGGGGGGAAAAUGAGAAAUUUGUAUGAUAUAUUUUUUAUAUGAGAAGAAAUCGGGAAUCUGCCAUGGUUUUAUUCAUGUAACGUCCAAAAAUUAGUUUUUAUAUUUGACUUUCAGGAUUUGCUUUUCUUUUUUCUUACCGAACUCUAUAAGAUGCAAGUUCCAUUGCUUAGUAAACUUAAAAAAACUAAAGAUUGCUAUUCUCUUUCUUAUUUCGUUUGAUUUAUCUUUUAGUUUAUUACUGAUACAAACACAUUAAGAAAUCAGUUUUGUAUGGAGGAGCAACAGUUGUUUAAUCUACGACUACUCGCUUCUUUACUGAUGUUGUUGGAUGUAUCUGGAGGGAGCAAAAUCUUUUAUGAUUGAGCAACUGACUUUUGUUCUUAACUGUAUCGUUGGUUUAGUGAAAUGUACAAUGAAUGGACCACGGAGUUGAAGGUCAUGGCUGAUCGGAUAAUUAGCAUGCGCCAACAGCUUUUUGAUGCUUUACAAACAAGAGCAACGGUUGGACUAAUUUUGUGGCCGUUGACUUCUACAAGAGGAGCGAGGGAGGAUGAGCAUUUCAAGCAACAUACAUGCUUAAUGGAAGAUUGCUGUGUGGAUGUGAUGAUGUUCAUGUUUGCACGUCUGGCUCUACCUCCGGAGUAUGCACUCCCCCAUAGCAACAAGGGAUUGACAACUCUGCAAUGCUAUUCAUUUGCUGUCAUGAAUAGCAUUCUCAAUAACCUUGGCAGUACAUGAAAUAAUCAAAGAACUGAUGGAAAGGCUACCACACAUGAAAGAGCUUAUGGAUAUGUACUGUGGCCGACUGCGAAGCAACAAAUGCAGGAGUUAGACGGAGUCGCAAAAACUCUACCAGAGAAUAUACUUUCAUUUGUGAAGAGGUUCACUGAUCGUGCCGUUCUUUCACUUCAAGUUUUUUUUUUCAACUUAGUUUAGUUUCCUGUAAAUCUUAUAAUGUGUCAUUCUCUGAAAUGGAAAACACUGAAUAUGGUAAACUGGAAUAUUUAAACGGCCUUUGAGUGUUGACUUGGAAAUGGAAAUGAAUGAAAUUAUUUUGCAAUGGGAGCAAAUUCUUUGUUUAUCAUAAUAUGCAACUUGUUUGGAG